CAAUCAUCGUCGCCAUUCAUCACCUCUACAUCGUACCACAUCCUGCUAGGCACUAUAGAGUCGGAAUCGUCAUCCCUCGAGAGUCACUGCUGGAGUCCUGCUAUACGUACCACCGAGGCGCAGCAAGAGACAUUCCCUGUGCUUCUCCCCUUCAGCACUAGGACUUAGGAGGUUGCUCCUUCGUAUUGUGCUACACGCUGCUGCAUAUACCCACUGUCAUCCUCGACGGCCAGCGCAUAUUUGCUCAGUCAAACUCUCAGGUCAUAUCAACGCAUCUUCUGCUUCAUCUAGACUGGCGUUGUAUUAUACGGACGCCCAUCCAGGACCUCCUCUCUCGCGGCUAGCACAACAACAUGGCCUACAAGCGCUCUUCCGUCAUGUAUGGGCUGCCGGAGCAGGAUCGGGAAUGGGAACAGGUGCAAGCCAAAACCUUUACAAAGUGGCUCAACACGAAACUUCAACAAGGCGGCCACGCUCCCAUGCAUUCUCUGUCCACCGACCUGUCCAACGGCGUGCGUCUCAUUCAGCUCAUGGAGACCAUGGGCGACACGUCCCUCGGUCGCUAUUACCAGAACCCACGCAUGAGAGUGCAGAUGGCAGAGAAUGUCAACAAAGCUCUUGAUUUCAUCAGAGGGCGCGGAGUCGUGCUCACCAAUGUCGGAGCAGAAGACAUCAUCGACGGCAACCUCAAGCUGAUCUUGGGCAUGGUUUGGACUCUGAUCCUUCGAUUUACCAUUGCGGACAUCAGCGAGGAGGGAGUCAAUGCCAAGGAAGGUCUUCUGCUCUGGUGUCAACGCAAGACUGCUCCCUACGACGACGUGUCGGUCAACGAUUUCUCCCAUUCCUGGAAAUCCGGAUUAGCGCUCUGCGCCCUCAUCCACCGCCAUCGCCCGGACUUGCUCAAUUACGAGACCCUUCCCAAAACAGAUGCUCACGCCUGUACCUCUCUGGCUUUUCAAGUCGCUCAAGAGCAUCUCGGCAUUCCACAACUCCUGGACGUCGAAGAUCUUUGCGAUGCCAAGAAACCCGAUGAGAGGAGUGUGAUGACCUACGUGGCGCAGUAUUUCCACGCUUUCAGCACCAUGGAGCAGGCAGAAGUGGUCAGUCGGCGAGUCGCUACCUUUGCGGAGGUGAUGCAGAGCGCAUGGUUGAUGAAGAACGAGUACGAAGCUCGGGCGCAGAAGUUAUUCGAUGGAGUGACUGCUAUGCAAGAGAGCUGGCGCAAUUCCCGCCCUCGGGGAAGCUAUGCAUCUGCUCGAUCCUUCUUAACCGAAUUCAACAGCUACAAGUCGACGCAGAAGCGCAUUUGGGUACAAGAGCGGACAGACCUCACUGCGCUACUGGGGAAUAUUCAGACGAAGCUCAAGACGUACAACCUGAGGGAAUGGAAACCUCGUGAGGGCCUGAGGCAGCGCGACUUGGACCAGGUAUGGCGGUCCCUUGCUGAAGAUGAGGUCGCAAGGACUAGGAUGAUCAACGGUGCUAUACGAGAGGCCAAAGAGGCAUUGAGAGUCACCUUCGCGGCCGCGGCCAACUCGUUCGAAGAGGAGCUCCGAGGUAUCUCGAGCGGCAUUGCUCGGCUCAAGGGAGAGCUGGAGAAGCAGAGGGCCAUCGUAGGCGAAUUGUUGACAAAGGUCGAGAUUGUGGGUGGAAAGGUGGGCGAGAUCGAGGAGCUGGACAGGCUUUGCAUCGAAGCCAACGUGGAAGAGAACGACCAUACCAUCUUCAAUCUGGAAGAUCUGAAGUUCGAGCUCGAGCUCGUUAAGAAAGCUGUAAUCAGCAAAGGGACCUUCAUUGACAACCAGAUCAUCUCGCGGCAACACACAAACCUCACGCCCGCUCAGCUGGAAGAAUUUGAGGCCACCUACAGGUACUUUGACAAAGAUUGUACAAACGCACUGACUCUUUCGGAGCUGAGCGCAGCGAUGGCCUCCCUGGGGAUGGUAUACACCGAUGAAGACGUAGAGCAGAUCCACCAUCAGCUCGAAGAUGAAUUCGGCGAGAUUUCCUACGAAGCCUUCUUGAGCUUCCUGCGCGAGAUCACAGAGGACACUACCAGUCCAGACCAGCUGCUCGAGGCUUUCCAAGGACUGGCUGCAGAUAAGCCUUAUCUCACCGAGCUAGACUUGCGCAUGGCGCUCCUGCCCGCCUCUUCCAUUGAGCACUUCAAAGCAGAGAUGCCUUUGCUGGACGAAGAGUCGAGGAGGGAGUUUGGCAUCCCUUCGCAGAACGGUAAUGGUCAUGACGGUGGGCAGGCGGAGGAGGGCAAGCUCUACGACUAUGCUGCAUAUCUCCAAGGACUCUUCGCUGGCUCACACGAAGCAGACAGCUCGAUGGUCAUGUCCUAGUCACCGGGCGAUCUAGUCUCCAGUCCCAUCAGAUCAUCGCACCCUUGUCAAACCAAAGCACACCAUCAUUGAUAUCCCGUGUCCGCGCCCCUGGUGGGCGACACACCCUGACAAGCCCUGUUGCUAAAGUGCUCUGUCUGCUCCAUCGUCACCCUAUCCUUGUAAUUAGCACGUUCUUUGCUCGCUCAUAACUGUGCUCUGC